UUCCAAUAUGCAAAAAAUUAUUGCAAUCGCGUUCUUUAAUUAAUUUAACCAAUUUGUCCAAUUCGGAUUAAAAUAAACAAUUCGGUAAUUGAUAUUCUACCCCAAUCUCACUCGGAGAUAAACUGUUUUUGCUGACAUAAACAUUUUAUAUAUAUGUAGCUGUUAUCACUUGAAAUUUUUCCACGAGUUAGAUACGAUAUCGUUAAUAUUAAGAUGGCUGGCAAUAUUAUAACCCGUGAAUAUACAAUGAAAAUCACAUACAUUCAUGUUUCGUAUAAAUAAGUCAGAAUGAUACGAAUGUCUUGAGAAUGUAAUAAUAUUUACAUGUUAUCAGAACACAGUGUGGUCAAUGCAGACGGUACGAUAAAACAAUAUUAUAAUGGAAAAGAACAGAGAUAAUACAUCCCCACCUAUACAGUCCACGAUGACAAAGUUUUCUUCUUGAUACUCAAUGUCAUUCGGUAGUCUUUCAUCAGAGGUCAACAUGAAGUUCCAAUUAGCCAUUUGUCUUGCUGCAAUUAUCUGUCUAUCGAUCUGUGGCUCAACAGUCGCCUCAAAUAGUAGCAUACCUUUAGUUGUAAUUACAUGGGACUAUUAUGAUGCCACACAAAAAGCAUGGAAUGUUCUACAGAAUGAAAAAAGGAGUGCUUUAGAUGCGAUAGAAGAAAGUUGCAGUCUGUGCGAAGAGCAGAGAUGCAGAAAAACUGUUGGAUACGGAGGCAGUCCAGAUGAAUCUGGAGAAACUACAUUGGAUGCAUUAAUCAUGGAUGGAGUCACAAUGGAUGUGGGUGGUGUGGGUCUUCUAAGAAAUGUAAAGAAUGCUAUUGGUGUAGCCCGUAAAGUUCUCCAUAAUACUAAACAUUCCCUGCUUGGUGGAGAGUUGGCAAAAGAUUUUGCUUUAGAGAUGGGUUUUAAAGAAGAGUCUCUACAGACAGAGGAGUCCAAAAAAAUGUGGACAGAUUGGAAAGCCAAUAAUUGUCAACCUAACUUCUGGAAGGACGUAAAUCCCGAUCCCAGAAAAAGUUGCGGUCCGUAUCGUUCCAUGGAUAAAACAGAAUGCACCAUAGAGGAAUAUGAAUCAUACGUAAACGAGGAUAACCACGACACUAUUGGAGUUAUCGCGAUAGAUUCGAAUGGGCAUAUAGCUGGUGGUACCUCGACAAACGGUGCCAAAAACAAAAUUCCUGGCCGCAUCGGUGAUUCUCCGAUCGCAGGUGCAGGUGCAUAUGCUGAUCAAAAAGUUGGUGCAGCCGCUGGUACAGGAGACGGAGACGUAAUGAUGCGCUUUUUGCCGAGUUUCCUAGCUGUGGAAGAAAUGAGACGAGGUGCCAGUCCGACUGCAGCUGCAACCACAGCAGUUCGAAGAAUUGCCGAACACUACCCGACCUUCAGAGGUGCAAUAAUUGCAUUGAAUAAAGAUGGGGAGUACGGAGCUGCAUGCAAUGGUCUCACUCGUUUCGAACAUUAUGUUGCUAAUCCUGAAUUAGGAAAAGCAACGAUGAAAUAUGUGGACUGCAUAGACGCUCAUUAUUACGUCGUGCAAAGUCAUGGUUCUUCUAAUAUGUUAAACCAAACUACAACCGCAAAGAUGCCAGAGACAACGGAGGAAGACAUGGGGAUGUCCGUCCGUUUAACAAACGACGACUUUCGUAAAUUGCUGAUGACUCCAAGGGCAUCGGUACCAUCAGCUACACCUGCGUCUGUACCUGGGACUGCUAGAGACGCCAGUGCCAAGACUGCACAGACUCCAAAUGUCAGUGGUGGUAGUCGAGCAGAGCUCAGGAGGAAAAAGAAGAGCUUCUAUGCCAAACUUAAGAAGCAAGAGGAAGAUAAAAUGGCAGAACUGGCUGAGAAGUACAGAGACAGAGCUAGAGAACGUAGAGAUGGUACAAAUCAGGAUUAUCAAACGGAAGACCCUAUGAACAGUGCCAGUGCGUACAGAGCUGUAGCACCAGAUCUGAAAUCGGGAAUGGACGCGGCUGAGCGUAGGAGGCAAAUGAUUCAACAGUCCAAAUUCUUGGGUGGUGACAUGGAGCAUACUCACUUGGUGAAAGGAUUGGAUUAUGCUCUUCUACAGAAGGUGCGGAGUGAAAUCGAGGCGAAAGAGCACGAACAGGAACAGGAAAUGGAAAAGCUGGUGAAGCCAAAGGACAAAGUGAAGGAGAAAAAAGAACCGGAGAAGAAGGAUGACGAGAUGCAGUUCAAGACCAAAAUUGGUCGUAACGUUUACAAAACUGUGAUGACUAUGAAAUCGAAGGUGAUAGAGAGAAACGAGCUGUUCACGCCAGGUCGUAUGGCUUAUAUAAUAGAACUGGACGACGAGAACGCUGAUGUGGACAUACCGACCACGCUGAUCAGAAGCAAAGCAGAUGUGCCCACGGUUGACAAUACUCCUACCUUAACGACCAAUGACAUUGUGAUAAAUAAACUGGCACAGAUAUUGUCUUAUUUACGGCAAGGUAAUCGUCACGGAAAAAAGGGCAAGAAGAAUAAGGAUGGUAGAUCCAGGCCGGACGACAUGAACGAUAUGGACAUUGCUCCGAGACCACAGGAUGAAAGCAUCUACGGGGACAUCGGGGACUAUGUUCCUACGAUCGGUAAGAAGGACUUGAGCCAAUCUAGGGAAAAGAAGAAAGGAUCGUAUUUCGAUAAACCGGAGAGUAAUCUGGACACCGAUGACAAUGCAAAUGCUCCUCAAUUACCAAGCGUUGCGCCACCCACCGUGGAUAACAAUGCACCGAAAAAAGGAGCCUUGCUGAACAAGCUAGCAGCCGAGCCUGAAGGAUACGCAGAAUGUUAUCCUGGCUUGGACGAGAUGCAGGAUGCGAUAGACGACUCCGAUGAUGAAGUCGAUUACACUAAAAUGGACUUGGGCAACAAAAAGGGCCCUAUCGGUAGAUGGGACUUUGAUACACCGGAAGAGUACAGCGAAUACAUGAACAAUAAGGAGGCCCUGCCGAAAGCAGCAUUUCAGUAUGGUGUGAAAAUGGCUGAUGGCCGAAGAACUAGAAAAUAUAACAAAGAGAAGAACGAGAAAGCAGAGCUGGACAGAGAAUGGCAGAAGAUUCAAAAUAUCAUGAACAAGAGAAAACCGAGUACCGUAUUGGAUGGCGGAUCUGAAUUCAAAGUGCCCAGAUAUUAAAGCGCUCCGUUCUGUGACGCUUAUUUAAUGUUAAUCUUGUUUAAUGUCAUUAAAUGUAUAUGUUGUAGUACAAAAGUGCAAUUAAUCGUUUUUAACGAAAUUCCCGUUCUUAUAUAAUCUGGCAACACGAUAAAAGCUAUAUAUUUUUGUCGUAUCACGUUCUUAUCACCUCAUUUCCAGAAAUUACGUUUACGUGGAUUAUCGUCACAAAGAUGUUUAGCUUCCAGACCGAAAACUGAUCCGAACUGGUUUCACGACUGGUCUUGUAAACAGCUUGUCAGUGACCAAUGACCCACGAUAAGGGGAAUCUUUCAUUAGAACCCGUUCGUACUGGUUCGAACUUGCGAAAAUCUAUUGCAAUGUACAACUACGUUACAAAAUGUAAACAAGAAUUGCGUGCAACUUUUGUAGUCCGAAAAAUACAAAAUGUUUACAUAA